AUGCCCAACAAUUCCCGCACUUUGCGGGCCGAGGCAUCGUCCUCCUCCCUCUCCUCCUCUGCUGGCAACGGCACCAGCUCUUCCAAAUCCCCGCGCAGUCAAGGUCUUCUCAUCGACGGCAACCUCAUCAGCCACGACACCGCUGCUAGCAGUGCGCUCUCCGACUUCAUCCGUUCCUCCGCCAACGAGCCCAUCAGUCGGCCUUCCUCGGCGGCCAGCAUGCGCAUCCGCAUCGACAAGCCCUCCAGCGAGACCAUCUCCGGACGCGCGCUCUACACACACGUCCCCACGGGCUUCGAAGAGGAUCCUCUCCUUCACCCUGCCGAGUCGGACGACGGUCGAUCGCAUCGCAACGGCAAACCUCCUCAUGCGCAACGCCGGUCGACGCAGGAUAGCAUCACCACCACCUUUGCCCGUCGCGGCGGCGCCCCUCCGUACUCGAGACCCACGUUGUAUUCGAGAGGACGCCUGUUUGUGACGCAGAUGACGGCGAAUGUGCUUUCGUCGUUCUUUCUGUUGUUGGUGGUCAUGUGGGCGCUGGCGGUGCGGUUACUGGCUGCGCUGCCCAAGUUCUUUGCGCCCAGCAUCAAGGAGCAGAAGGAAUGGGACGAUCCGCAACGGUGGAACAAGGAGAAGCUCGUCAAGGACGUCCGCUACUAUGCGGCCAGCUGCGGGUUCGAAAUUGUCAACGAAACCGUCGAAACCCAAGACGGCUACUACCUUCGCAUGAACCGCAUCAUCGACCCGCAAACCACGCAUAAAACGCACUCUGAUGGACGAAAAGGCUUCCCCGUGCUCAUCAUGCACGGUCUCUUCCAGUCGUCCGGCUCCUUCGUCACGUCCGAAGAGCGAUCCCUAGCCUUCUGGCUAGCGCGGCAGGGAGGCUACCAGGUCUUCUUGGGCAACAACCGCGGCGUGUUCGAUAUGGGCCAUCGAACGUACUCACGAUCCGAUCCGCGCUUUUGGGACUACAACAUCCGCGAGCUUGCCAUCUACGAUCUUCCCGCCAUGAUCGACUACAUCCGCAAAGACACGGGUUACGAUCGUAUCGCCUACAUCGGUCACUCGCAGGGGAACGGGACCAUGUUCAUCUCCCUCUCCAAAGGAAUGGUUCCGGAGCUCGGUCAGAAGUUGACCUACUUUGGAGCGCUCGCACCUGCCGUCUACGCCGGACCUCUGACCUCAUGUUUCCCAUUCACCACGCUGGGUCAGUUGGAAUGGUCCAAGUGGAAACGCUUCUUUGGCGUGCUAGAUUUCAUCCCUCUCAUGAAGAUCUCUUACGAUUAUACACCCGCGUAUCCCUACGCGUUGUUGGGAUAUCAGAUGUUCGCCUUCCUCUUCGCAUGGACCGACGCCAACUGGCUCCUCCGUCGCAAAGCCAAGAUGUUCCGCUUCACCCCGCAACCCGUUUCCUCGGCCUCGAUCUACUGGUGGGCUGGCAAGGAUGGGUUUGCUUCCCGAGGCUGCGUGCUCGAUCCAACGCUCGACAAGUGGUGGGACGAAAACUUCCCCCCGCUGUCCAUCUUCAGUGGUGGCAUGGACUUUUUGGUCUUGACCGAUCCACUGAUCGAGAGACUCGAGGAGAGGGAGAAGGACGUCAAGCUGCUAAGAUUCAAGAGGCAGGACGAGGCGGAGCACUGCGAUCACUUUUGGGCCGCCGAUGCGGUCGAAUGGUGCUUCACGGACAUUCUGGAGGAUAUCGAGGGGACUAGGGAGCGAUAUCCGGAAGAGUUGGAGGCCGAAAAGCAGGGAAAGAAGGGCGAGAGCAACGGUGGAGCUUUGGUCGACGUCUAA